AUGGACCAGUCUGCUCUUCUUGCUCUCAAAUCCCAUAUCACUAGUGACCCUCACAACAUCUUGGUCAACUGGUCAACCACCACCUCUGUUUGCAAUUGGGUUGGAGUUACUUGUGGCGCUCGCCACCUCAGAGUUUCUGUCUUGAACCUCUCUUACAUGGGACUCUCCGGCACCAUUCCUCCACCCCUCGGCAACCUCUCAUUUCUUGUUGAGCUGGACUUAAGAAACAACAGCUUCCAUGGCACCCUGCCCAAGGAACUGUCUUAUUUGCGUCGGCUGAAGUUGAUUAGCUUCAUAUCCAACAAUUUUAUGGGAUCCAUUCCAUUGUGGUUUGGGUCCUUCUCCAAACUUCAAAACUUUUAUUUGUAUGGCAAUCAGUUUUCAGGUUCCAUACCCACGACUAUUUUCAACUUAUCUACAUUGCAAGUACUUGAUCUAGGGGCUAACAAACUAUCAGGUGGGAUACCAAAAGAAAUAAGGAACUUAACAAUGUUGAAGGAGAUAUACCUUGACUCCAACAAAUUCAACGGUGCGAUACCCAAAGAAAUAGGGAACUUAACAAUGUUGAAGGGGAUAUACCUUGACUCCAACAAUUUCAAUGAAAUUCCAAAAGAGAUUGGCUUUUUACAUCAUGUGGAAGGGUUGUUUGUACAAAACAAUGCCCUAAAAGGCCCUGUUCCUGUGGUUGUUUUCAACAUGUCUUCUUUGAAUAUGUUGAUUCUAUAUGGAAACAACUUGAGUGGUGGUCUUCCAGACAAUAUAUGCCAACAUCUUCCUAGUCUUCAAAUCUUGAAUUUGGGUCGCAACCAGUUUGAUGGUCCACUUCCAUCAAAAUUAUGGCAAUGCAGGGAGCUUCUUAUACUUAAUUUGGAGGAAAAUAAUUUCAGUGGAAGCAUACCAAAAAAUAUCAGGAACUUAACAAUGAUUGAGGAGAUAUACCUUGCCAACAACAAUUUGACGGGCACUAUACCAGAUGAGAUCGGUGAUCUUCAAAAUUUAGUGAGUUUGUCACUCAGAUAUAACAAUUUCAAUGGUCUCAUCCCAUCCUCAAUCUUCAAUAUCUCCACAAUAAGAGAAAUGUCGCUUAGUCGGAAUCAGUUAUCGGGUAGCCUCCCAGCAAACAUAGGCCUUGGGGUUCCAAACCUACAACACCUUUAUAUAAUAGCAAAUGACCUCAGCGGAGUAAUCCCCAACCUCUCCAAUGCUUCUAUGCUCACGUGGCUUUCAUUGGGUGAAAACACAUUUACAGGGUUUAUUCCUAGCACGCUAUGUGCCUUAAACCUUCAGCGGCUUGAUUUACAAAAUAAUAAUUUGACGAUUGAUACUUCGACUCCAGAAGCAAACGCUCUCUCUUGUUUGGCUAAUCUUGGAAAUUUGACAGAGCUAUACUUGGGAAAUAAUCCGUUAAAUGUCACACUCGAUGACUCCUUUCGGAAUAUCUCUACGUCGUCGCUUCAAUAUAUUCGGUUAAGAGAAUGCAGCAUGAGGGGCAACAUUCCCAUUGGUAUUGCCAACUUCAGUAGCUUGAUAUUCUUAUCCUUGGGAGACAAUCAAUUGAGUGGAUCAAUUCCAACUUCACUGGGAAGACUAGGGAAUCUCCAAGGUUUGUAUUUGGAUGGUAACAAUUUGCAAGGCCACAUCCCAUAUAAGCUUUGUCAACUAGAUAACCUAGUUGAAUUAAGUUUGGGUAGUAAUCAACUCUCUGGUUCUAUACCUUCCUGCUUGGGUAAUCUAGCUGCAUCUCUAAGAACUCUAUCACUAGAGUCCAAUUCGUUGAGUUUCACAAUACCAUCUACUUUUUGGAGACUUGCCUAUAUCUUGGAUGUAAACUUAUCAUCCAAUUCUCUAAUUGGACCUCUCUCACAAGAUAUUGGAAACUUGAAAGUUGUCUUAGAGGUAGAUUUAUCAAAUAACCAUUUAUCUGGUGUUAUACCAAGCACCAUUGGUGGUCUUCGAGAUCUAGUUAAUCUCUCUUUAGCAAAUAAUAAUUUGGAAGGUCCUAUUCCAAGUUCAUUUCACGACUUGCUAAGCCUGCAACUCCUGAAUUUAUCUAGAAACAAUCUAUCUGGAGUGAUUCCCAAGUCUUUAGAAGCUCUGUCACUUCUCAAGUAUCUGGAUUUGUCUUUCAACAGGCUCCAAGGAGAAAUUCCAACAGGUGGACCAUUCCAAAACUUCUCUGCUCAAUCAUUUGUCUCAAACAGCGCACUCUGUGGUGCACCUCGACUUCAUGUUCCACCAUGCAACAAUACUUCACUUGAACCAAAUUGGAAGAAAGCUAAAUAUAUCAUCCCAGGGAUCAUAUCAGUAAUUCUCCUAGUGGCAUCCAUAUUUAUAUUUGUACUACGUAGGAAAAGAAAUGUGGAAGUUACGGGAGAGGCUACCUCAUUGCCUCAACUUUUUUGGAGAAGAAUUUCACACCUAGAACUUCUAAGAGCCACGAAUGGAUUUAGCGAAAACAACUUACUCGGAAGUGGGGGUUUUGGCUUAGUAUAUAAAGGGACGCUUUCAGAUGGAAUAGAUGUUGCAGUAAAGGUUUUCAGUUUACAGCUAGAAGGGGCUUUCAAGAGUUUUGAUAGGGAAUGUGAAAUGCUAAGCAAUAUUCGUCAUAGAAACCUUAUCAAAAUCAUCAGCUGUUGCAGUGAACUUGAUUUCAAAGCCUUGGUACUGAACUACAUGCCUAAUGGGAGCCUAGACAAGUGGUUAUAUUCUCAAAACUAUUCUUUGAAUAUCUUACAGAGAUUGAACAUAAUGAUAGACGUUGCAGCGGCAGUGGAAUACCUACACCAUGGUUAUUCAAUACCUAUUGUGCACUGUGAUAUGAAGCCCAACAAUAUACUACUUGAUGAUGAUAUGGUUGCACAUGUUGCUGAUUUUGGAAUUGCAAAACUCUUGGGUGGAGGAGAUUCGAUUACCCAAACCAUGACCCUAGCCACAAUUGGGUAUAUGGCUCCAGAGUAUGGAAUGGAAGGAAUAGUUUCAACAAGGGGGGAUGUGUAUAGUUUUGGUAUUGUGCUCAUGGAAACAUUCACAAGAAGGAAGCCAACAGAUGAGAUGUUUGUUGGGGAAAUGAAUUUAAAGCAAUGGAUUGCAGACUCACUAGUAUUACCAAGUGGAAUCAUAGAUGAAGUUGUGGAUGCCAAUUUGCUUGGGAUUGGGACAGAGCGGGAAGAUGAUAAUCAUGUGAGGAAGAGGGAUUGCAUAUCAGCCAUUAUGAGAUUAGCUCUUACUUGCUGUGCAGAAUCACCAGAAGAGAGGAUAAGUAUGAAAGAAGCUAUAGCCACACUCAACAAAAUCAAGACAAAGUUUUUGAAGGACGAUACUACAAGAAGAGGUGUGUUGUUAAACCGUCAUCUUGUUCAACAACGCUUCAAUUAA